AUGACAACUUUAAGUUUGUCUUCACUUUAAUAAUAAAGAUUGAAUAAAAAUUAAGAAUUAAGAAAGAUAAUUAAAAAAGUUGGGAUGGCUCAAAAAUUUAUAAAUUAACUUCAAAAUUAUGCAUAUCAAUUAAAGAACUAAAGAUCUAAAUAUUAAUAUCGUAAGAGAGGUUUACUUCCAUUUUUCCCUGAUGAUAUAAUUUAUAUAGUUUGGGGAUUGGGAAUAAAUUUAUGUACUGAUUUAGCUGCCAUAUUAUAUCCUAUAGAGGUUGCCUUUGAAUAUGAAGUAUAUUAUUAAAGCUAUAAUAGAGGGAGUUGGCCAUCAAUUAACAUUUAUAUUAUAGAUAAUCUUUUGGAUUGAUUUGUUGAUGAAUUUUAUUAUUUGCCAUAUUAAUAAGCAAUUAGAUUUAUUGCAUAAUAUGAAGGAUAUAGCUAAUUAUUAUUUAACUACUUGGUUUAUAAUUGAUUUAUUAUCAGUUUUACCUGAUUUCGGUUUAGAAGGUUUGAAACCAAUAAAAUUAUUAAGGUUGUUAAGAUUCUUUUUCUAUGAAAGAAGGGUUGAAUAUAAUUAAUCUAUAGAAUUAUUAAGAAAAUAAUAAUCUUUAAGAGAUGAAUUAAUAGUAAGAGAUGAAUACAAUAUAGAUUUAAGAAUAAAAAAAUUAAUGAAAAUCUUUUUAGAAAUGAUUAUAUUGAAUCAUUUAUUUGCUUGUUUAUGGAUAUGGAUAUGUAAAUUUAAUGUUAAUUAAAAUUGGAUGGAACGUUCAGAUAUAAAAUAUGCUAAUGAUUACACUAAAUUGAUAUAUGCAUUCUUUUGGGCUUAUUAAACAAUUACAGUUAUUGGAUAUGGUGAUCUUGAAGCUCAUAAUUUUGAUGAAUAUUUACUUAGUGUAAUUUGGAUGUUAAUUGGUGUUGGUUAUUAUUCUUUUACUAUUGGUAAUAUUACUUUUAUAUUAAUUUAAUCAAAUCCUAAUUAAGAAUUUGAUGAUUAAUUAUUAAAUUUAGAAGAUGUUACUAUAAAUAUGCCUGAAAAUAUUUAAAAUGAUUGGAUUAGAUUUACAAAAUAUAAUAUUUAAAGAAAUCCUUUUUGGGCAGAAGAUUCAAAAAGAAUUAUUUCAGAAUUACCACAUUAAUUAAUUUUGUAUACUGUAGCUGCAGUUCAUAAAGAUAUUUUAAGGAUUAUUCCUUUUAUGUCAAAUGAUAUUAAUUUCUCAGGAUCUAUUCUACCUCAUAGUACUUUAGUUUGUUAUUAAAAAUAUGAAACUAUAUAUCAUAUUGGUUAAAGUGCAAAUGAUUUCUUCUUUCUUAUUAAAGGAGACAUUAGAUUAUGUGAUAAUUAUGGCGAAACAUUAGUUAGAGUUAUGGAAGGUACUUGUUUUGGAGAAAUCGAAUGUAUUGAAAAUAGUUUAAGACGUUGGAGUGCUCAUGCUAUUGAAGAAAGUGUUGUUUUAAUGUGUUCAUCUAAUUAUUUUUCUUAAUUUCUUGAAAAAGAGUCACCUUAGUUUUUUGAGUUGUAAUAGAUGUAUAAAAGAAGGAAGAUACUUAUAAUAGAAUAAGCUAGAAUUAAAAGAUGUAAUCAAAUCUUGAUAUAUUUUAGAAAGACAAUCAAAAUUAAAGAGAGGAUCUGCAAUUAAUGAUUUUCAUCAAUCGAAUAACAAAAGAGAAUCUUCUUAAAAUCUAUAAGAAUUACGAUUUAAAAUUGAUUUACGAGAGUAUUCAAGUGUUUAAUAAGAUUUAAUGCUUUAAAUUGUAGGAUAAAAAUAAGCUAGAAAUAAAAUUAUUAGAGAGAAGUUUAUAAAUGUAUAUAAGCAUAUUAAUAAAGGCCAUAAAUAAAAUUAGAUAUUAUGUUUAAAGAUCAUCAAAAAUAAAGAGAAUUUCAAUACAUGAUCCAGAUUAUAAAAUUAUUCGUAAUUUGAUAAAUAAUAGGAUAAAGGAUUGUGCUUGGGAAAAAUUAAUAUAGAAAAAAGUUGGUUAAAAAUUAUUGAAGAAUUUUGAAAAGGUUCGUGAGGAUGAAAACUUGAUCAAGGCUUUUUUAUAAAAGAGUAAAUAGGAAUCAAAUGAAAGGCUUUCUAGAAAAAAAUUAAUUCAUAUUAUAAGAAAUAUUCUAAAAUUUCAUAAGAAGGAACAUUAAGGUAUUAAUAAGAUUGAUAUAUUUUACAACAAAUUUCAUUAACUAAUUUAUGAAAAUGCUAAGAAUGAAAAAUAAGAGGAAAGAAAGAAAUAAAAAUAGAAACUUGAAAGUAUUAAAAGAUGUGGAGCAUUAGAAGAUUAGAUGAAAAAUUUAAGUUCAAAUUUAAAAAAAUUAGUUAAUUUAUAAACAUCUUUAUCAAUGUCUAUAUUCGAAAUCAACUAAUAAGAAUAUGAUAUUGAUUGUUUGAUAGCAGACAUAAAAAAAACAUUAUUGUAAGCUAAAAUUGGAGAUUGA